GCUGGGCGGGAAGAACGGCGGAGGCCGGAAGCGGCCGAUGAGGGAGGGUGAGAUGUAGAAGGAGCCGCCGUUUCCAUGGUAGUUUGGCCCGGUGAGCCGUGACGGCCUGGUAGUGAACCUUCCCCGGCGCCGGGAUGACGGGCCUGAGCUCACUAUGACCGGAGAAAAGAAAAAAAAGAAGAGGCUGAACCGCAGCAUCCUCCUAGCCAAAAAAAUCGUAAUUAAAGAUGGAGGGACGAGGCAAGGGGUUGGAGAACCCAGUGUCUACCAUGCGGUGGUGGUCAUAUUCCUGGAGUUUUUCGCCUGGGGUCUGCUGACAACACCUAUGCUAACGGUGUUGCACCAGACCUUUCCCCAGCACACCUUCCUAAUGAAUGGUUUGAUCCAUGGAGUUAAGGGUCUCCUUUCCUUUCUGAGUGCUCCUCUUAUUGGUGCACUAUCAGAUGUAUGGGGAAGAAAGUCCUUCCUUCUACUCACUGUGUUUUUCACCUGUGCCCCAAUCCCCCUGCUCAAGAUCAGCCCAUGGUGGUACUUUGCUGUUAUCUCCAUGUCGGGUGUCUUUGCUGUCACCUUCUCUGUGAUCUUUGCUUAUGUGGCUGACAUUACCCAAGAGCAUGAGCGAAGCACAGCAUAUGGCUUGGUCUCAGCCACCUUUGCCGCCAGCUUAGUAACAAGUCCAGCUAUUGGUGCAUACCUGGCUCGUGCUUACAGUGACACUUUGGUGGUUGUAUUGGCUUCUGGAGUGGCCCUGUUGGACAUAGGCUUCAUCCUGCUUGCUGUCCCUGAAUCACUUCCUGAAGAGAUGCGACCAGUGUCCUGGGGUGCUCCUAUAUCAUGGGAGCAAGCUGAUCCCUUUGCGUCAUUGCGAAAAGUGGGCCAAGACUCUACUGUGCUGCUUAUCUGUAUCACUGUAUUUUUGUCUUACCUUCCUGAGGCCGGACAGUACUCAAGCUUCUUUCUCUACCUGCGACAGGUCAUUGGAUUCACUUCAGAAACAGUAGCUGCCUUUAUUGGUGUGGUUGGAAUAUUGUCAAUCUUGGCUCAGACUGUGGUUUUAGGGGUUCUUAUGAGAUCCAUUGGGAAUAAAAACACAAUCUUGCUAGGACUUGGCUUCCAGAUUUUACAACUGGCCUGGUAUGGCUUUGGCUCUCAGCAGUGGAUGAUGUGGGCAGCAGGAGCCGUAGCUGCAAUGUCAAGCAUUACCUUCCCAGCAAUCAGUGCCAUAGUGUCUCGCAAUGCUGACCCCGACCAGCAGGGUGUAGUACAAGGGAUGGUGACCGGAAUCCGUGGCUUGUGCAACGGGCUGGGGCCUGCUCUCUAUGGCUUUGUGUUUUACUUGUUUCAUGUGGAGCUGAAUGAAAUGGCGGAUGUGGAACCUGCAGACAAAACUCAUAAAGCCAACAUGGCUAAUCCUUCAGAUGAGAGAAGCAUCAUCCCAGGCCCGCCCUUCUUGUUCGGUGCUUGUUCCGUGCUGCUUUCUCUGCUUGUAGCACUCUUCAUUCCGGAGCAUACAGGUCUUUCACUGCGCUCUGGAGCUCACAAGAAGCACAGCAAUGGUGCACAGAGCCAUGCCCUUUUACCCCCUGCACACCUCCCUGAGGGUAAAGAGCCACUGUUGGAUGACAGCAGUGUAUAACCCAAGGACUCUGUGAUGGGAACCAGACAAUGCGAGUAGGCCAAAGCUAUAGAUUGUGCUAUUAAUAACAGUGGGGUGGAGAGGGGGAAAGGAAACAAGGACCAAACGAAAGAUAAGCAUUUUGUGUCACUUGCCAUUACUGAUUGGUGAAGUACAAGGUGAGGGGGUUUUAUACUGUAGUUUAAAAAUAUAAGUGUGGAAAGUGCCAUUGACAUGGAAAGUAGAAUCACAGAAGGUUAGUUACUUGCCAUUAUAGGCAAACCAUGAGUGUAUAGUUCAACUCCUGACCCUGGAGAAGACUGGGGUGUAAGGAGACAAACUGUUGUAAUGGGACACAAGCAGGGAUCACACUUGCCAAAGGUAUGGAUUGUAAUUAGAAAUUGGCCCUGAACUUCCCUAUUCAUGCUGUGGGAGUAGAAUUAUAUUAAUAAUUAUUUCAUAUCACAGGGAAACAAGCAAUGUUUUUUUGUUUUUUUAAAUUUUUAUAGACAUAAUGUAUACCUUUCACCUAUGUUUACCGAGUACCUGACACUUUUUGGCCACCAUUUUUGUUUUCCCUUCUCUCUUCCACUUCUCCCACUACACUAGAGCGUGGGCCCUCUGAGGGCUGAGUUGGAUGAAGAGCUGUCUCAUUGGUCUGACUGACCAGCUUCUCUGUACAGAAUGAAAAAAAAAAAAAAGUUUUUCCCAAAACCUCUGUUUCACUGAUUAAUUACAAAUUGAUGAAAAACAGAACAUGCAGGGGGAGGGGGAUAUUGUUUAUCUUUCACAAAGGGCAGGAGAGGACCAGCUGUUGCAGAAACUGUGCUAGUUUCUGUGCUAGCAAAACAGAAGGGACAUGGGUGUCCAUUUUGGGAGCCUGCUUCCAGCAACAUUGACACAUUCAUGGUAAACCUGGUAUAAAUGCUUAUAGUAAAACAAGGCUUCCAAAGUUUUCCCACUAUUUGGCCUAGAUCCUGUUUUCUUCUUAUGCACUUUCUUUACUAAAGUUCCAAAUGUAGUGAAUACAAAUUUGCAUAAUAAAAUACUUUCUAAAAUAGCAAA